CAGGCAACGGGGAGAGAAGGAGGAGGAGAAGGAGAAGGAGGUGGAGGAGGAGGAGAAGGACUAGAAGGAGGAGGAUCCCGGUGACUGAGAGCGGCAGCUGGGAAAGGGGGAGAGAGAGAGAGAGAGAAGGAGGGGGGAAACCAAACCAGCUGAUUUGAUUUCCUUUUAGUUUAAAGCAAAAGAAAAUGGAAGUCGGUUAAUAAAGGAUUGGAGCAGGCGUAGAGAGCAGGGUUGACAGUGUUUCCUAGUGGGCUGCUGUCAAUUCUGCGGUUUCCAUCAGAAGUCGUGCUUAGUGAUGUCUGGACACCAAAUGGAAACCACUGUUGCUGAAGUAAAUAACUAGCAAAUUCUCAGGGGUUGUGCUAUCACACCACACAUUUUAUUGUGGCAAAAAUGGACUAUUUUCAACAGUGGAAAGUACCUUGUUGACAAAGUAUAAUUCUUGACUGCCACAUGCCUCCAGAAGACGUUGAAGUCUGUUAAAAAUGGAUGGCUUCUAGUCUGCUCUUGAACCCCACCUCCGCUGAGUGUUGGGCAGCACUUCUACAUGAUCACAUGACUCUUGAUAUGGACGCAGUCCUGUCAGACUUUGUUCGGUCCACAGGGGCAGAACCAGGUCUGGCAAGAGACCUGCUGGAAGGCAAAAAUUGGGACUUGACAGCAGCUCUGAGUGACUAUGAGCAACUUCGACAGGUUCAUACGGCCAACCUACCACAGGUGUUCAAUGAAGGAAAAUACUACAAGCAGCCAGAGAGAGAGCCAGCCCAACAGGUGAACAAAAUUGAACGGCCCUGCCUUCAGAGACAGGAUGACAUUGCCCAAGAAAAACGUCUUUCCAGAGGUAUUUCUCACGCCAGCUCAGCCAUAGUCUCCCUUGCCCGAUCCCAUGUGGCCAAUGAAUGCAGCAAUGAACAAUUUCCCCUGGAAAUGCCCAUCUACACAUUCCAACUGCCAGACCUCAGUGUAUACAGUGAAGACUUCAGGAGCUUCAUCGAACGUGAUUUAAUAGAACAGGCAACAAUGGUUGCCUUGGAGCAGGCAGGUCGUCUGAACUGGUGGUCAACAGUGUGUACGAGUUGCAAACGUCUUCUUCCAUUGGCAACGACAGGGGAUGGAAACUGCCUCCUACAUGCUGCCUCACUAGGCAUGUGGGGAUUUCAUGACCGGGACCUGGUUUUGCGCAAGGCUCUCUACACCAUGAUGAGGAGUGGAGCCGAAAGGGAAGCGUUGAAGCGGAGGUGGAGAUGGCAACAGACCCAGCAGAAUAAGGAGUCAGGGUUAGUUUAUACUGAAGAAGAGUGGGAGCGAGAGUGGAGUGAGCUCUUGAAGCUGGCAUCCAGUGAACCUCGAACUCAUUUCAGCAAAAAUGGAGGCACCGGUGGUGGAGUGGACAAUUCUGAAGAUCCCGUAUAUGAAAGCUUAGAAGAGUUCCAUGUUUUUGUCUUAGCCCAUAUACUAAGAAGACCAAUUGUUGUUGUAGCAGAUACAAUGUUAAGAGACUCAGGUGGAGAAGCAUUUGCUCCGAUUCCAUUUGGAGGAAUCUACUUGCCUCUGGAAGUUCCACCUAACAGAUGUCACUGCUCCCCUCUGGUCCUAGCCUAUGAUCAAGCCCAUUUUUCUGCCCUUGUGUCCAUGGAACAAAAAGAUCAACAAAGAGAGCAAGCGGUCAUCCCUCUCACCGACUCUGAACACAAGUUACUACCUUUGCACUUUGCAGUUGAUCCUGGGAAGGACUGGGAAUGGGGAAAAGAUGACAAUGAUAACGCCAGACUAGCCAAUCUGAUACUGUCUCUAGAAGCCAAGCUGAACCUUCUGCACAGCUACAUGAAUGUCACUUGGAUCCGCAUCCCCUCUGAAACCCGGGCUCCUUUGGCCCAGCCUGAAUCUCCUACAGCUUCAGCAGGAGAGGAUGUUCAGUCUCUGGCUGACUCCAUGGACUCAGACCGAGAUUCCAUCUGUAGUAAUUCCAAUAGCAAUAAUGGGAAGAACGGGAAAGAAAAAGAGAAGGACAAACAGAGAAAGGAAAAGGACAAGAACAGGACCGAUUCUGUGGCCAAUAAGCUGGGGAGUCUCAGCAAAACCCUCGGAAUCAAACUGAAGAAGAACAUGGGAGGCCUUGGUGGGCUGGUCCAUGGGAAAAUGGGCCGAGCCAAUUCAGGGAAUGGGAAGAAUGGCGAUGGGACAGAUAAAGUCAAGGAGAAGAAGUCCAAAUCUCGAAAAGGCAGCAAGGAGGAGUCAGGCCAGUCAGCGAGCACAUCCCCCUCAGAAAAGAACACCCCAUCUCCCACCGACAAGGCAAGUGUGUCUCCCAUUGAGAAAAACACCAAGACUCUCUCAGAUAAGCAGUCAGACCCAUGGAAGUAUAGCACCGAUGUGAAGCUAAGCCUUAACAUCUUGAGAGCUGCCAUGCAAGGCGAGCGUAAGUUCAUCUUCGCUGGUCUCCUCCUGACCAGUCACCGGCAUCAAUUCCACGAGGAAAUGAUUGGUUACUACCUGACCAGUGCUCAGGAGCGCUUCAACGCAGAGCAGGAACAGAAGCGGAAAGAGGCAGAGAAGAAGGCCUCACUUGGUGGGUCCUCCUGCAGGAAACUGGAACAAGAGGCCUUUUCCAAGGAAAAACUGGAGUCGUCCCCUCAGGACAGGGCAUCACCAGUCUUGCCUCAAAGCCAUACAACUCAACUUGUUUUAAAAUUUAAAGACCGUACCAGUCCCACCCCAGGGUCAUUUUCUUCCCCUAGCAACAGCGCAAAGAGGAAUGGCCCCACUCCCGUUUCCGCCCACUAUAGCCAUACUCCCCCAGUCCAGAGGCAAAGCGUGAUCCAUCUGCAUGAUGUCAACUCCAAACCGUCCAGCUUCCAGGAUGAUACCUACAAGCCAGUGGUUGGCACUCUCAAAACUUGUGCCACGUACCCCCAGCAGAAUAGAUCCCUGUCGUCACAGAGCUACAGCCCUGCCCGUAUUGCGGGCAUCCGCACAGUGAACACAGUGGAAUCUUUGACCUAUGCCCUGCCCACAGAACACAAGUCCCAGACAUACACCAAUGGCUUUAACACUGGUGACGUCAGAGACUGCUUAGAAUACGCCGAUGAGGAAGCACCACAGACGUGGUUGAACAAUGAUAAAAACAGAGGCCGAAGCACAGUUUGCCCCAUCUAUUCCAUUCAGCAGAACCGUUGUAAGAAGGAGAACUGUUCCUUUUAUGGUCGCCCAGAGACUGAAAAUUAUUGUUCCUACUGCUACAAAGAGGAGCUCAAGCGAAGGGAGAGAGAGACCAAAGGACACCGGCACUGAAGACUUCUGAGGCUCUUCCAAAACCAAUUAGUCUCAUCAUUUUUUUUUUCUUACGAUGGUGAAAGGUGGUGGACGACAGAGGAAAGCCCGUCCUUCCCAAAGGGAGUGACAGUCACUGUCAGGCUUGUGGCUUCCAUUUGGGAAAAACACAGAAAUCAGAGAUGAAUUUAUCAUAAAGAAUUUAUUUUCCA